AUGGCUUUGCAUGGAGUGAGGGUGCUUGAGCUGGAGGGCAUCGGGCCAUGCCCACUAGCUGCUUGUGUUCUCGCAGACUUUGGUGCAGACGUUGUCACUGUUUGCCGGGCGCAGGGAGGCCAGGCACGCUCACAAGGAGAUCCAGUUUCCCGUGGCAAGCGAUCCGUCGCUGUGAACAUCAAGACUGCGGAGGGUGUGAAGGUUGUCCAGAAAAUUGCUUCAACGGUGGACGUGUUCCUGGAGCCUUUCCGGCCGGGGGUGGUGGAGAAGCUCGGUUUGGGCCCGGAGGUGCUCUGCAGUGAGAAUCCGGGUCUGAUUUAUGGUCGCAUGACAGGAUAUGGCCAGGGUGGAACAGAGUUCAGCUCGAUGGCGGGGCAUGACAACAACUAUCUCGCUUUGGCAGGCACUUUGGACUUCUUCAGGCGCGGGGAUGAGAAGCCCUUUCCUCCGGCAAACUUUGCGGGCGACUAUGCAGGAGGAGCCAUGAUGCUGGCGCUGGGGGUUCUCCUGGCCCUGGUCGAACGCAGCCGGAGUGGGCGCGGCCAGGUCAUCGAUGCCGCCAUGGUCGAUGGCGCCAACUACACGGCGCUCCCACUUUUCAAGUGGAUGCAAUCUGGGCUCGUUCCAGUAGGAAGAGACGGCCAUGUAGUGGCCUCAGACUUUAUCUUAUGUCAGGCGCCGCACUGGUCCGACAUAUAUCUCUGUAAGGAAGACCCCGACAAGAAAGGAACGCAUCAAUACGUCUCAGUACAGGCGAUCGAACCCCAGUUCUACAAGGUGCUCUUGAACGGACUUGGGCUUGCGGCAGAAGAGCUGCCAGCACAGUAUGAUCGCAAGGCUUGGCCUCAGAUGAAGUCCCGCUUUGCGUCGAUCUUCCUCACGAAGACUCGCGACGAAUGGGCAGAGGUGUUUGCAGGCACCGAUGCGUGCUGCGUUCCGGUCCUGAAUGCAUCAGAGGCGGCUGCACAUCCCCACAACAGAAGAAGGCAUAGCUUUGAGCCGACACCCGGCGCACCUGGCGUUUACGAGCCUGCACCUGCACCCAAGCUGAGCCGUACCCCGGGCCAUGUGCCUAGACCAUGCCCGGUGCCGGGAUCCGACACCAGAGAGGUGCUGCUCGCCUCUGGCUACUCAAGACAGGAGGUGGACUUCCUCUUCCAGGGGGGUGUGGUCGCAGAAGCUCGAAGCGAGCGAUCGAAGCUUUGA